AUGGCGGUACGGCCCCAUGCCCAGCCAGCCUCGGAGCCCUGGGGGGCAAGCGUGGGGAAAGGCGGGGCCGGGGCGGAGGGUCUCUCGGGGCUGGGGGCGGCAGAGGGGCCGGGGCCGCUCGGGGCACGGGCCCCGGCUGAGGGCGAGGUGGAGGCGGCCUGGCCAGCCCCGGCCUGCCAGCAGUUAAUGACCUUCAAAGAUGUCACUGUGGACUUCACCCAGGAGGAGUGGGAUCACCUGGGCCCUGCUCAGAGGGACCUGUACAAGGAUGUGAUGCUGGAGAACUAUCAAAACUUUAUCUUCCUGGGGUUUCCAAUUUCCAAACCAGAGGUGAUUUCCCAGCUAGAAAUAGGUGAAGCACGAUGGUUGAUGUUGCUGAAAGAAGUUCCAAGAAGUUUCUCUCCAGGUUCCCUUUGUCAGAAGAGUACAUGUGAAACCAGGGACACAGCUCUAAAGGAGGGUAAUUAUUUGGGAGAAAGGUCCAUGACAAGACUCACAAUGAAUACUAAUGAAUGUGGUGAAACCUUCAGGCAGAUGGAACACCUUAUUAUACAUCAGAGAAUUCACACUGGAGAGAAACCCUAUCAAUGUAAUGAAUGUGAAAAAGCCUUCAGCUGUAACUCAGGCCUUAGUGUAAAUCAGAGAAAUCAGACUGGAGAGAAAUCCUAUCAGUGUAACCAAUGUGGGAAAACUUUCAAUUAUAACUCAUACCUUACUGUACAUGAAAGAAUUCAUACAGGAUUAAAACCAUAUAAAUGUACUGAAUGUGGGAAAGCAUUCAGAGAGAGGAGAUAUCUUACAAUACAUCUUAAAAUUCAUACUGGAGAGAAAUCCUAUAAAUGUAAUGAAUGUGGGAAAGCCUUCAGCCAGAGGGGAAGCCUUAAUUUACAUCAGAAAAUUCAUACUGGAGAAAAAUCCUAUAAAUGCAUUGAAUGUGGGAAAGCAUUCAUCUCCUACUCAGUCCUUACUAUACACCAGAGAAUUCAUACUGGAGAAAAACCCUAUAAAUGUAAUAAUUGUGAGAAAGCCUUUAGACAAAGAGGACAUCUUACUGAUCAUCAGAAAAUGCACACUGGAGAGAAGUCCUAUAAAUGUAAUGAAUGUGGGAAAGCCUUCAGAGAUAGGGGAUACCUUAUGAUACAUCAAAAAAUCCAUACUGGAGAGAAAUCUUAUUUAUGUAAUGUAUGUGGGAAAGCCUUCAGAGAGCGAGGACACCUUACUAUACAUCAGAAAAUCCAUACUGGAGAGAAAUCCUAUAAAUGUAAUGAAUGUGGGAAAGCCUUCAGACAGAAGGGGAAUCUUGCUGUACAUCAGAAAAUUCAUACUGGAGAAAAACCAUUUAAAUGUAACAUAUGUGGGAAGGCUUUCAGGGAUAAGGGAUAUCUUAUUGUACAUCAGAGAAUCCAUACUGGAGAAAAACCAUUUAAGUGUAAUGUAUGUGAAAAAGCUUUUACAGACAAGGGAUACCUUACUAUCCAUCAGAAAAUUCAUACUGGAGAGAAAUCCUACAAAUGUAAUGUGUGUGGAAAAGCCUUCAGAGAUAAGGGAUACCUUGCUGUACAUCAUAGAAUUCAUACUGGAGAAAAACCAUUUAUAUGUAACAUAUGUGGAAAAGCCUUCACGGACAAGAGUUACCUUACUAUACACAUGAAAGUUCACACUGGAGAGAAGUCCUAUAAAUGUAAUGAAUGUGGCAAAGCAUUUAGCUCCAAUUCAGGCCUUACUAUGCAUCAUAGAAUUCAUACUGGAGAGAAGCCCUAUAUAUGUAAUGAAUGUGGAAAAGCCUUUAGGCAGAGGGGAACCCUUAAUGAUCAUCACAGAGUUCAUACUGGAGAGAAAUCCUAUAAAUGUAAUGAAUGUGGUAAAGCCUUCAAAGAGAAGAGAUACCUUACUAUACAUCACAGAAUUCAUACUGGAGAGAAGUCUUAUAAAUGUUGUGAGUGUGGGAAAGCAUUCAGGCAAAAGGGAAACCUUGCUGUACACCAGAGAAUUCAUAUUGGAAAGGAAGUUUUUUAAUUCAAAGAAUAUGAAAAAGAUUUAGGCAAAAGACAUCCUUUAUCAUAAGAUAGUUAUACUAGAGAGAAACUCAUUCAGUUAAUGCACACUCAGUGUGCAAAAUCAUUCAGCUAGUAAAGGAAAAUGAUCAAACACUAAAUUAUGGAAUUAUUAGAUGUGACAUUUGAAAUCUAUUCCAAUCCUUUCUUAAUUUUACAGAUAGCAGAGCUGAUGACUAGGAAAGUUGAUUUGAGUCGAUCAUGAUCACACAGAUAGUAAGUGGCAGAUCUGGAAGUGGAAUCAACGUCUUAGCUAAGUACAAGUUUUUCCCCCCAAUAUGCAGUGCUACCCCUGUAAUCCAUGACCUGUAAAUUCAAAGAAUGUGAACAAAUCUUUAACGGUGCAUAUUCUACAGAAAUAACAUGCAUUACUCUUGGAAUUUCAGAAUUGGAAAGGAUUUAAGCAGCUAACUCAUCCAACCCAUAUGUGGAAGAAAUCUUAUUACAUCAUAUACAAGGAAUCAACCAGCUUUUGUUUAAAGAUGUCCAGUGACGGUAAAAUACUACCUCCAAAGGCAGCCCACUCUUCAGAAUAAGCUUGAGAGUUGGAAGAGUAUGAGUGUGUGUGUGUGUGUGUGUGUGUGUGUGUGUGUUUAAACUGAAAUGAAUGUGAUGUGAAACAAAUGGCAUUAAUUACAUAUGUAUGAGUUAAAGAGCAACUCCUGGUCUGUUGAUAAAGGGAGUUUCCUCACUGGGAAUUCCUUACAUCAGUGAUCUGUUGCAAAAAACAAAA